AUGGAACCUAGAGCGUGGUGCCCCACCCCCUCCACCUCCACGUUCCAUCAUCUACUUCCUGUAACGGAUCUUCCCCACAACCAGUUCCCCCAUAACAACGGCCACUUCCGGUCCAUCCAAGCCGUUGGCCAGCCGCUUGCCGGCCAGCCGCUUGCCAUCCAGCUGCGAGUACUCUUGUGUGAGCCAUCAUGGCUUACCGUUGGAAGGCUCCGAGGAGGCGGAUGGUAUCUCCGCCUCCGCUGCUUCCCAUCCUCCUGCUGCCUGGCCCGCUGUUUUCCUAUCCGAGAGACCUGCCGGAUGAUGGUGAUGGCGCCCGCCGUGAUGCCCGCAGAGGCCGUGGUCAACAGCCCCGCCGCUCUGGAGCUCCACAAGUCUUUCCAGUGCCUGGCCGGGGCCUGCGCCCUUCACCACCACCACGACGUGGCCUUGAAGCUCGUCGCCCACUUUCUCCUGCUCCUCUCCCUCGAGCACAGCAAGAGGGCCAAGAGCCUGAUGUUCCUGCUGAACCGGAAUGGCAGCCGCGUCUCCUUCCUCGACGUCAGGAUGCCCGAGACCCAAGAGAGGGAGAGCAGCCUCCAAGCCAUGCAGGACACCCUGCACCUGGAGAAGAGCGUCAGCCAGAGCCUGCUCGACCUGCACCACCUGGCCACCGACGGCAGCAACGCCCAUCUGUGCCACUUCCUAGAGAUGUGCCACCUGGACCAGCAGCUCGAGUUCAUCGAAGAGCUAGGAGACCAUCUCACCAGCAUGCGCAAGAUGAGGUCCUGGGAAGGCGGUCUGGUGGAGUAA